GAAGAGAUUCGAAAAGAGCCAUGGCACCUAAAAUCCCUCCUAUGAAGCAUCAAACUCUCCCAUAAUUUCCCUUAAACCCCCGGCCUUUCUCAUCAAAUCCUACUAUGUCCCUCUCAUCUCCACCUACGCACCUCAAGCUCCUCACCGUCCUCUCCGCCACAGCCACUCUCUACUUCCUCUACAAAUCUCGCCACCGCUACAGCCGCCUCCUGACGCGCCUCCGCCAAACCCUCAAUAAACCCUCCGGCCAAAACCCUAAUUCGAGUUUCAACAAAGGCAAACUUUUCUUCAUUUCUCAAACCAACACUUCCAAAACCCUAGCCCAACGCCUCCACGCGAAUUUAUUGCUUAAUGACCUCGACUUUGAUCUUGUUGACCCCCAGGAUUAUGAACCUGAGGAUAUAUGUAAAGAAACAUUGGUCUUGAUUGUUGCUUCUACUUGGGAAAAUGGUGGAUCCCCUGAAAAUGGAAACUUUUUGGUAAAUUGGUUAGCCGAGAGUGCUGAUGAUUUCAGAGUCGGGGCGCUUCUGCUUAGGAACUGUAAAUUUGCAGUUUUUGGGAUCGGGAGUAGUAGUUAUGGGGAGACCUUUAAUGCUGUGGCGAGGGACAUUUCUGUUAAAUUACGGAAGCUUGGGGCAGCGGAUUUGGUGGAUUUGGGGGAGGGGGACGUUGAUGAAGGUAAUUUGGAUGAGGUGUUUGAGAGGUGGAGUGAGAGAAUUGUUGGGAUUUUGAAGGGCAAUUUAGGAGAAAAUAAAGCCCUUAAUGGGAAUUAUGGGGUUGGGAAUGAAAGUGAAGGUGAAGUUGAGUUUAGUGAGGAGGAAGACGAGGAGGAGGAUGGGGAGGGAGAUAAUGGUAUUGUUGAUUUAGAGGAUAUAGUGGGGAAAGCUCCAUCACGAAAGUCGAUUGUGGGACCUAAAACUAAUGGAAAAGUUGAGAAUGGAGAAGUACUGAAUGGAGGGAAAGAAAUGGUGACCCCAGUGAUUCGGGCAAGUUUAGUGAAGCAGGGGUAUAAAAUCAUUGGUUCCCAUAGUGGGGUUAAACUUUGUAGAUGGACCAAGUCUCAGCUUAGGGGACGUGGAGGUUGCUAUAAGCACUCAUUUUAUGGCAUCGAGAGUCACAGGUGCAUGGAGGCAACCCCAAGUUUAGCAUGUGCAAACAAAUGUGUUUUUUGUUGGAGACAUCACACAAAUCCUGUAGGGAAAAGCUGGCGGUGGAAGAUGGAUGAUCCAAUAGUUAUUGUCGAUACUGCCAUUGAUUUGCAUACGAAAAUGAUAAAGCAAAUGAAAGGAGUUCCAGGAGUAAAAGUAGAGCGAUUGUCAGAGGGUCUUUCUCCAAGACAUUGUGCCUUGUCUCUUGUUGGUGAGCCUAUCAUGUACCCAGAGAUUAACUCACUUGUAGAUGAGUUGCACCGGCGGCGAAUCUCGACUUUUCUCGUAACAAAUGCUCAGUUUCCUGAUAGGAUUAAGAUGCUGAAACCUAUCACGCAGUUGUAUGUUAGUGUAGAUGCUGCAACAAAGGAUAGCUUGAAGGCAAUUGAUAGACCACUCUUCGGGGACUUUUGGGAGCGAUUUGUUGAUUCUUUGCAAGCUCUCAAGGAGAAGCAGCAGCGAACUGUCUAUCGCUUGACCCUGGUUAAAGGAUGGAACACAGAGGAUGUAGAUGCUUAUUCUAACCUCUUUGUUAUCGGAGAUCCUGAUUUUAUUGAAAUUAAAGGAGUUACAUAUUGUGGAUCGUCAGCAACUUCUAAAUUAACAAUGGAGAAUGUACCCUGGCAUUCUGAUGUAAAAGAAUUUUCAGAAGCGUUGGCUCAAAAAAGUAAUGGGGUUUACGAGGUUGCUUGCGAGCAUGUGCACUCAUGUUGUGUUCUACUGGCUAAUGUCAACAAAUUUAAAGUUAACGAUCAAUGGUUCACUUGGAUAGACUAUGACAAGUUCCAUGACCUGGUGGCGGCUGGAGAACCUUUCAGCAGCAAGGAUUAUAUGGCUUCGACACCAUCAUGGGCAGUGUAUGGAGCCGAAGAAGGUGGGUUCGAUCCUGAGCAGUCACGUUUUAAGAAAGAGCGCCAUCACAAAUCCACCCGCUGAGCAGGUGUAUUUUCAAGUUCACUUUGUGGAAGAGUUGACAGGAGUUUUGAAAGUAUUCACCAAUAUCAAAUAGCCUACAAUUUUGUCUGAAAUAUUACGCUUUUUCCUCUUUUUUCUUUUAAUAACCGGUUUUGUUGGCUUCUUUUUUCUUUCAUUUGCGUAAAGGGGAGUGCGAUGUUCAUUCUAUAUAAUGCUUCCCCUGUAAACUUUGGUAUAUUUUUCUUUACAACCCCGAAGGAGAACGCCUAAAGUAAUGCCAACCUGGAUUGAUCAAAGUUCUGAUUUAUUACAUUCA